AUGGAGGAAAUAAUUAAUGGUGAAUGUCGAUUGACCGCCAAAUUAUUAGAAAUGUUGAAAAAUACCAAUUACGAAUUGAUACAGGAAAAUGGUCAAAGAAGAUUAUCCGCACCAGAAAUUUAUCACGACGGAAAAGAACGAGAAAAAGGUGCGGAAGUAUUUGUCGGUCGUCUUCCUCGUGAUUGUUACGAGGAUGAAUUAAUGCCAAUAUUGAGUAAGGCCGGUCGAUUGAUGGAACUUAGAUUGAUGCUCGAUUUUUCGGGAUCAACGCGUGGUUAUGCAUUUGCUCUUUACGAAGAUUCGAAAACUGCUAAAAAGGCCUGCAUGGAGUUAGACGGUUAUGAAAUUCGACCGGGACAUCGUAUUGGCGUUGUCAAAUCGAUCGACAAUUGUCGACUUUUCUUUGGUGGGGUACCCAAAAAUAAAACGAAAGCUGAGUUUAUGGAAGAAUUGACGAAACUUCUCGAAGGGAUCACCGAUAUUUAUUUGUAUCCAAAUGCUUUGGAUAAGUCACUCAAUCGUGGAUUUAUUUUUGUUGAAUUCAAGGAUCACCGUGCUGCUGCAAUGGCACGAAGAAAACUUAUACCUGGCAGAGUUAUGCUUUGGGAACAUGAAAUUGCUGUUGAUUGGGCCGAUCCAGAACCCGGCGAUCCGAUUGAUGAAGAAAUUAUGCAAACUGUAACAGCUUUAUUUGUAAGGAAUCUAUCUUUGAAUAUGCCGCAACAGAAAAUCAAGGAAAUAUUUCAAAAAUCAACGAAUAUACCUAUUUUGAAGUUGAAAAAAAUUAAUCAUUUUGCGUUUAUACAUUACGAAUCAAGACAAGCCGCACAAAGAGUAAUGGACAUUAUGUCGCAACGCAAUAGCAUCGUAGAGCAAGAAGGUUGGGAAAUUCGUUGGGCGAAACCGAUUUGUGCAUCAAAACUCUUAGAGAGGCAGAAAUGUAUAAAUGAAGCUGCGUCAACUGGUAGAAAUGCUCGUUUCAAGCCAUUAUUGUCGAAGAAUUACUAUCUUCAAGCACUUCCAGAGGUAUACGAGGAAAAUAAUAAUAAAGGUACCGCUCACGUCAUCGCAUUACAAACUUUGGUUAAGGAAAAGUUAGGUGCAAUGUGCUCCUUUGAAUGUUGGAGAGCGGUUGAUACUCCUGGAUAUAUUUGUAAGAUAACCAUUUUCAAAGGAAAUGCCACAAUUUUUGAAUAUCACGGAGAAGUAAUGCCUACAAAAAAUAAAGCAAUCAGUUCGACAUCGUUAAAAAUGUAUCAUUACUUGUCUAAAUCGUAUACAAAUAAUCCUGACAAUCAGAAAAUUGCACAAGAUUGCACGCAACAAAACAUUGUGGAAUUUGAUGGAACGCAGUUUUAUACAUUGACAAAUUCAUUGUACAAUACCUAUAUUAAUGGAAGUUAUUAA